AGCAUCUGUAAUAAUGGAUACAGAGGAGAACCCUCCAGCUAAAGAGCGUCGCUGUGAGAGGAGAGAAGAGGGUGCUGCACCAUGUCCCAGCAGCGUGUCUAUAAAGAGCACAAAUUCAAUGAUUCAACCCAUAAAUUUCGGAAGUGGACCUGAGACCUCUGAACACAUUGGGGAAAAUUAUGUUACUGGAGACCUGCAGGAUUCCUACCAAGAAAUGAGUGAUGCCAUGAAGACAGCCAAAACCACUCACAAAACCAGCAUGAAGAACAAGUAUGAGCGCUUAUUUGAGGGAAUCAAUCUACAAGAGAAUCCAACCCUCCUGAACAGGAUCUACACAGAGCUCUACAUUAUAGAGGGAGAUGCUAAAGGGGUGAAUGAAGAACAUGAGAUUUUAAAGAUGGAGAAAACACUUUGGUCACAAUUUUCACAAGAUAUUCCAAUAUACUGCAAUGACAUCUUUAAACCCUUACCUAAACCAGGAUGUAAGGAGAAUGACCAAAUCAAGACUGUUCUUACUAAAGGCAACGCUGGAAUUGGAAAAACCGUCUCAGUGCAGAAGUUCAUUCUGGACUGGGCCGAGGGAAAAGCUAAUCAGGAUGUAGAUUUCAUGUUUGUGCUUCAAUUUCGAGCGCUGAACUUGAUUACAGAUCAUCAGUACAGUCUUCACAGUCUUCUGCUGGACUUUCAUCCUGAACUUAAAGAACUGGACCCAAAGAUUUAUGAUGAAUGUAAAGUUGUGUUCAUCUUUGAUGGUCUGGAUGAAAGCAGAAUUACACUGUUUUCUGAUGAUAAGAAAGUUUCUGAUGUCAAUGAGACUUCAUCAGUGGGUGUGUUGAUUUCAAACCUCAUAAAAGGAGAUCUGCUUCCCUCUGCUCACAUCUGGAUCACCUCCAGACCAGCAGCAGCCAAUCAGAUCCCCUCCAAAUACAUCAGCCAUGUGACAGAAAUUCAGGGAUUCAAUGACCCUCAGAAGGAGGAAUAUUUCAGGAAGAGAAUCACUGAUGAGCAUCAAGCCAGCAUUAUCAUCUCUCACAUUAAAAAAUCAAGAAGCCUCCACAUCAUGUGCCACAUACCCGUCUUCUGCUGGAUCACAUCCACUGUGCUUCAAAACAUCCUGAAACAACAUGCCAAUGCAGAAAUCCCUCAAACUAUGACUGAAAUGUACAUCCACUUCCUGCUGAUUCAGAUCAACAUGAGAGAACAGAAGUAUGAAGAGAGAGAUCCAGAGAAACUCCUGCAGUCCAACAGAGACAUGAUUUUGAAACUUGCUGAACUGGCUUACAAACAGCUGAUGAAGGGCAAUGUGAUGUUCUAUGAGAAGGACCUGAUUGAGAGCGGCAUAGACGUCACUGAUGCCUCAGUGUAUUCUGGGAUUUGCACUGAGAUCUUUAAGGAGGAACCUGUGAUUCAUCAGAAGAAAGUCUACUGCUUCAUACAUCUGAGCUUCCAGGAGUUUCUGGCAGCUUUCUAUGAGUUUCACUCCCAGAAAAGGUCUUUGGGCAUGCGGCUCAAAAAAGUAAUUGAUGAAUCAUUGAAGAAUGGACUCUUGGAUCUUUUCCUGCGAUUCUUGCUGGGCAUCUCACUGGAGUCCAAUCAGAGACUCUUAAAGGAUCUACUGAUAGACACAGAGAACACCUCAGAUAUCAUCGAUAGUGUCUUAAUGUGUAUUAAACAUAAAAUUAAAGGCAAUGAACAACUCUCAGCUGAUAAAUCCAUCAAUCUGUUCCUCUGUCUGCUGGAAGUGAAUGAUCAGACUCUCUACACUGAGAUACAGAAGUUUGUGAGAUCAGGCAUGGACUCACAGGAACUCUCACCUGCUCACUGCUCAGCAAUAGCCUACAUGAUUGAGAUGUCAGAUGAGCCGCUGGAUGAACUGAACUCCAAGAAAUUAAAGGCAUCAGAUGAAGGCAAAAGAAGACUGAUACCAGCUGUGAGGAACUGCAGAAAAGCCCUAUUCUCAGGUUGUAAUCUCACUUAUCAGUGCUGUGAAAGUGUGGCUACAGCUCUACAAUUCAAUUCUUCAUUGAGAGAGCUGGACCUGAGUAACAAUAACUUGGAAGAUCGCGGAGGGAAGCUGCUGUUUGAUGCACUAAAGAGUCCAAACUGUCAACUAGAAAAACUGAGAUUGUCAGGUUGUAAUCUCACUGAUCAGUGCUGUGAAAGUGUGGCUACAGCUCUACAAUUAAAUUCUUCAUUGAGAGAGCUGGACCUGAGUAACAAUCACUUGGAAGAUCGCGGAGGGAAGCUGCUGUUUGAUGCACUGAAGAGUCCAAACUGUCAACUAGAAAAACUGAGUUUUUUUUUAUUGUCCAUCGGUAAGUUCACUGAUCAGUGUUGUGAAAGUGUGGCUUCAGCUCUACAGUCGUCAAACUCCUGCAUAAAGGAACUGGACCUGAGUAACAAUAACUUGAAAGAUUCAGGAGUGAAGCUGCUCUCUGAUGCACUGAAGAUUCCAAACUGUAAACUGGAGAAACUGAGAUUAUCUGGCUGUAUGGUGACAAAAGAAGGAUGCUCUCAUCUAGCUUCAGCUCUGAGUUUAAACUUCUCACACUUGAGAGAGCUGGAUCUGAGCUACAAUCACCCUGGAGAUUCAGUGCUCACUGCACUGAUGGAGGAUCCAAACUGCAAACUGGAAAAACUCUGUCUGGAUCAUGGGGGAGAGACCAUGAUUAAAGGAGGACUACAAAAAUAUUUCUUUGAUCUCAGACUGGAUCCAAACACGGUAAACAAUGGUCUCUCCGUUGUAGAGGGCAACAAAAAGUUGGUAUGUAAUCCAGAAACGAUGUCACAUCCUGAUCAUCCAGAGAGAUUUGACGGCCUUCCGCAGGUUCUGUGUAAAGAGCGUCUGACUGGACGCUGUUACUGGGAGGCUGAAUGGAGUGGUUUGGGUGAUAUGGUAGUGUCAUAUAAAGGAAUCAACAGGAAAGGAGAAAGUCCUGACUGUAGGUUCGGAGCCAAUGACAAAUCCUGGAUUCUGAGCUGCUUUGGGGAGAAACUGAUCGCCUGGCAUGAUAAUAUGGGAACACGCAUACCUCCUCCAUCACCUCCCUUAAACAGAGUAGGAGUGUAUGUGGACGAGCCGGCCGGCAUUCUGUCCUUCUACAGCAUCUCUGACACACACGCACUCAGACACUUACACACAUUCAACACCACAUUCACUGAACCCCUCUAUGCAGGAUUUGUGCUUUAUACUAAUUCAAUGUCUCUGUGUGAUGUUGAACAAGAGGAUGAAUAAUUUCUGUUAAAAAUGUAGUUUUAAAAGUGUAGUAAAAAAGUGUCAGUUUAAAAAAAUAUAGCUCACGUACCCUUUUCAAAACACUUCACAAAAA